GAAGAACCUCGAGAAAAAGUAAAUACUCUGUAUAUCGAGCGUAUGGAAGAUGCACGGGGUGGAACGCAAAAAGGGCGAAAGCACGUUUAGCGGAGAGGGUGGAAGAAGCAGGGAAAUAGUAUUACUCGGGAAACGCACAGGAUGACAUGUGAAAUGAUACGAGAAUAUGUGAUGUGCCAACUGAUAUCGUGCGGAAGUACAAGUAAGGAAAGAUGCGACAAUAAAACUAGGAGAAAAGAGGGUAGUAGAGAGAUACACGUGGAAAUAACCCGGGACAUUAUCGUAGAAGAAACCGGACGACCGAGACGACACUUUGAUGCAUGGAGGGUGAACGCGAAUGCGAGUACGGAUCAGAAAGAAAUCCACUCUCACAGAUCGCAAAAAUCCGUCGUUCGAAAAAAAAGUGCGAACGCAAGGUUGCCGCUGUCGUGCGAGGUGAGAGGUCGAAGGAGAGAAUUCGCGCGACCACUGACACCCGUAAGUGGAAUGGCAGCGGAUGUAAUAAGAAAUAAACGAAAUGGGGAAAAUCCAAUUGAGGGGAGCCGCGAUCGCGCGAGUGAGGAAAGAACGCAAGUUCCUGGGGAAGAGCGAGAUGGUGCGAGCGAAGGAGAGGAUACGAGAGCGCAUCGCGAAGAAAAAAAAAAAGAAAAGAAUAAGAAGACAUACGCGAGGCGAGAGAAGCAUGAAAAGCGCCGCUUAAGGCUUAAGGGACACAAAGACAGCGACGAUUUGCGCGCACAGUUAAGAAAAAUGCGAGAAAAACGCGAAGAUAAGUAACAUGGAUGGAAGGCGAGAAGGAGAGAGAAAAGAGGCUUAAACACAGUAGAACUACACGAACGGUUGACGAUCGUCCGCUCCAAAGAGUGUCCUAAGAGGAAAACGGGACGAGAUAAGUUGGUAAGGGAUGAUCGCGCGUAAUUCAGUCUGAGCAAAAAGGUGUGAACGAGAUUGCCAAAAUAUUACGGAAAUAUUAUAGGAAAGGGGGAUGGGAGAAACCGCGAAUAACGAAGAAUCAGGAAGCGCCGUUCUCGGAGGUAGAACGAUGAGAGGAAAGAGGCGAAGAUAGAGGUCCAGAAGGACAACGUAGACAGGAAGGUUCAGGAUAAUGAGAGAAGAGGAUGACGUGGAAAGAAGCGGUGAGUGCGACAGAGAGAAAUCGAGUGGGCACGCAGGAGGGGUGGGAGGGCGAAGGGGUUGAGGACAGUGGAGGAGCGCCACGUUGGAGUUGGAGGUACGUUGCGAGGUAGUAGGAGUGCUCGAGCGCGUAGGAAGGAGGCGAAAAAGGGUGAAGAGGGACAGACCGAGUGAGGAGUGCGGAGAUAGAGUACGAGUUAGGGAGGAAAGAGAGCGGAGGGGGCAGGGGAGAGGGCACGUAGAGGGAGGGGGUGGGGUGACGUCACGCCCGAUCGAUACUCACUCAUACUACUCCUCCGCGUACGGCGACACGGUAACCCUCCGACGAUGGCGCACGCGCGCCUUUUAUCCCUUACUUGUAUCGCCGACACUCGUACUCGCUCCUGAGCGCCGCUUCCCGCCAUAUUCGCCGCCAUGGGGUAGGCGAGGAUGUGCGACAGGGGUAACACGGGGUGCUUCUUCUUCCGCAAGGAGGGCCGGGGGGAAGUGACAGACAUAAGCGCAAGUCCUGGGAGGCAGGCACCUGCCAACCAGUUGCGCCCCAAGGAACCACCCCCCAUGGUCAUUCAAGGAGACUUCAGGAAGGUGAGCGGGAUCAGUACAGAGAUCUUCAAGCAGAUCGAGACUGUCGAAAACGAUCAUGACGCAUCGACAGCGGCGGCCCUCGAAGCUGUUGAGCGGAGAGGCGAGAUGGUCGUGCGUGUCAUUGAGCCUCGGCAAAUGGGUAGACAGGCUUCCGAGGCGGCGAAAAAAUUUAUUGCUAUGCAGGAUCCUAAGCACCCCAUCCACUUCGUCGAGAUAAUCAAACGACCGGGACAGACCCUCGGCCUCUACAUACGCGAGGGCAACGGCGUCGACAGAAACGACGGGGUCUUUAUCUCUAGGAUAGCUCUGGAGACCGCCGUGUACAACAGCGGCUGCUUGAAGGUGGGCGAUGAGAUCCUGGCGGUGAAUCUGGUCGAUGUGACGCACAUGAGCCUGGACGACGUCGUGAUCAUCAUGUCGAUACCGAGGCGACUCGUCCUGGCCACAAGGCACGGCCCACAUCAACCUGUUUCGCACAGCCGCCAGACUGAGCACAAGGCACCGCCCGUAGUAGUCAUCAAAAGGGAAUUGAAUGAAGAUGAGAGUGACCACACGACAAGUAAUCACGUCAGGGAUGGCAGUAGUCGUAGACGAGGCGACGGACGUGAAAUGUUGCCGUCGCGAUCAAGACUCGGUCUCACGGGUUUGGGAUCGAGCCAGGAUCUCGGUUCGAGCAACGGUGAUCUGUACUAUAAUUCACGACCAGAGGGUCACUGGUCCUAUCAACCACCGCCGCCACCGGUUAUCACGCACCAGCCGAAACCUUCAUCGACGCAACAUUUUCAACCAUACGAGCGCGGCUAUCCGAAGACGUUAGAGAGCUUGGCCGAGAAAGUACACCCUUUCUACACGGGGCCCAUGAUGCCCUCGAACGGCCGACGUAUGUCGAGUGGUGGAAUGCAAUCAGUCGGUGGCAGAUUGUCGGGCCAAACCACGCAGUCGACCCAUUACGGCUACGGUCAGCACACCGGAAGCGGAAGGAUCAUGCCGAGGAGUGGUUCCGACCAGCACCUACCCCGAGUCGAUUACACGAGCAUCACGACGCCGGCGCGACAUACCCUUCUUAGAUCUAGCUUGAAAUCAGGUACGUCAGCAUUGCGUUAUAACCCAAGGUACGGACAGACUGAUGUUACAUCCGCCGCGCAGAGGCAAGGACAAUUCGGCACGUUGACGAGGCGGCAUCGACCGUCAUUGGACUAUGCCUCCGACACCGAGGCUACGUGUUCCAGUUCGCCGAAAUCAGCGUAUUACUAUUAUAGGCACAAUAUGAACAAUCCAUCUCAAAGCAGCGCCGUGUCACAUUUAGCUACCCUAUCGAGGUCACAAAUCGGUCAGAGUUCCUCAGGUUUAAGAUCAAAUUCACUACCACGAAGCGGUCGAACGUUGCCCCAGCAGCCUGGUCUCAGGUCGGGUCUCAGCACGGUCGCGUCGGGCCUGAUCGAUCAAGAGGACAGCGACGGCGCAUUAUCAGCGCCGGAAUUGCCUUCCAUCAGACGUGACAGGGGCAGAAUACCGUCCUCACCGAGUGUAUUCACGUCGGACGAGUACCGCGCCUGGCUGAGCCGCACGCCAAGUACCAGUGCCCUGUACGAGCAGAUCAGGGCGACUACAAGUAGACCACCCCGUUAUACAUACAGCGCCGAGAAUAUUCAUGCAGCCGUCAAUCAGGGUGACUACGGCAGUUACGGUGCAUACAGGCCGCUCUCGACUACGCUUGAUCGUUUGUCGACGAGAUCGGCCUCGGCUCAACAAGUCAAUCUUGCGAAUCUGAGAGCGUCAACAGCGAUUAGCUCGACAUGCCAUCGCGGUACAACGAAUCCGAGGCCAGCCUCGGUGGCUUCAAGCGCGCGCACAUCGCUGGCAGCCCAGAAAGCUUCACUAACAAGCUCCGCGAGCCAACGGGCAACAUCGGUCAGAAGGAUCAGGAACCUGUUGGAUUUGGAGUCAACGAGGAGCAUACCUACCCCAACGCCUACCAGAACUCAGGGUCAAAUACUGCUAGAUAUUAAUCCUGCGGAAUUCCUCAAAUAUAAAAUAGAGAAGCCACCGACUGUGGGCACUCCGAGCUCGACGAGCUCGAUUUUGAGCUCGCUCGGAGAGACGACUGGCGGUGAUUUGGCAAGUGGAGUCAGCGGAUUGUUAUCGGUCCAUCUUUUAGCGGGGCGCGGUCUCCGAUCGACUACGACCUCAUCGGCCGCCACUACACCUUCCACUCCCUCAGGCCAGCCGAAUUUAGCUAGUUGCGGCUUAAGAGACUUGUACUGCGUACUGGAGUGUGACAGGGUGCAUAAAGCGCGCACGGUAGUACGAACCGGCGAUUUGAUGUUUGACUGGGACGAAACCUUCGAGCUGGAUCUCGUAGGCAAUCGACAGCUGGAUCUGCUCGUUUAUUCUUGGGACCCACAGUACAGGCACAAACUCUGUUACAAGGGAUCAGUGCAUUUGGCGAGUCUACUAAAGGAAUCGCCAGAACAUCAGCUGGCCGUCAAAGUCGAGCCACGUGGCACGAUUUAUUUAAAACUGCGAUACACCGACGCCCAACAAACUUUCCGUCGAAGGGGUUUGCCGGUCAUAUCCUUAGCUACGAGGGUAGCGCCUCUCUUCGGAGUUGAUUUGGAUACAGUGGUAAGUCGAGAAACCAAGACUGGUGGAGUUCCCGGUGGAGUUUCUACAGCUUUAGCGAUGGGAAUUCCAAAUGUUCCAAUUAUUGUAUGGCGUUGCGUCGAAGAGGUGGAGAGAAGAGGACUUGACAUUAUCGGUUUGUACAGACUAUGCGGUUCGGCGACUAAGAAGAGGAUACUUAGGGAAGCUUUCGAGAGGAAUGCACGGUCCGUAAAUUUGUCACCCGACAACGUGCCGGACAUCAACGUCAUUACUGGUGUACUAAAGGAUUAUUUACGAGAACUUCCAGAACCUCUCUUCACGAAGUGCCUCUACCAGAUGAUGGUCGAUGCACUGGCUGUUUGUUUGCCGGACGACCCGCAGGGCAAUGCUAAGCUUAUGUUCAGUAUACUAGAUUGCUUGCCUAAGGUCAACAGGUGCACGUUGAUUUAUUUGCUGGAUCAUUUGGCGAUGGUAGUGUCGCAAUGCAAUAAAAUGUCACCGGCAAGCCUCGCCGUUUGUUUCGGCCCGGUAUUGAUGUUACAUUCGGAAGAAAACGGACCUCCACUAGAUUUUCAACAACCAAUCGCCGUGCUUAAGUAUUUGUUGGAGAUUUGGCCAGUUAAGUCAGUUCGGAAGACUUCUUCAGUCGGUUCAACACUUCCUCGAGUUAUGCCAGUAGUCGAGCGCAGCAGCAGUCAGCAGCAUCUGCAGCAAGCGCAGCAGCAAGUGCAGCAGCAGCUGCAGCAACAUGUGCAACUGCAGGGAACAUUGGGACGCACAGGGCUGCCUUGGCAGCAGCCACCCUCACUUCAUCAUCAACCCCAAACUACGGUAGCCGCAGUCCUCGGGCCUUCCAUUCGUCCUCCACCACCGGUCAAGCCUCGACAGGUGAUAGUCUCGUCUCCCGGUUCACCUAGCAGCGAGGAGUCAGAGGCCUCGCCAGAGCCGAUUAACAAGAGCCUCCUGGGCAGUUUGGGAUAUGAAAAGAGCGACGAGACGACGACGACGACGACGACAACGACAUCUAGUACGUCGGGCGGCAUCGGCGUCGGCGCCGGUGCGGGCGUUGGCGUCGAGCAGGUGACACCUACAAGCAGCGUUGACACCGAGGAGGGUAAUCCCCAGCAUCCUGAGGAGGGCGAGAAGGGCGUCGAGGGUGACGUCGAAGCGAGCGAUGACGAUCGACAUCAGCAUAUACCCAAGACGCACUAAUUGUGACCCCCGUCAUCGCGCGAGUGUGCGUAGCAAGUAACGGAGAGGCCACGGAGACGACGAUUCCUCAAGAAUGCAGACAAAUUUGAGAGCUGCUUCAUCAAUUCGUACGUGUAGUAUUGACAGAAGAACAAGCCGAAAGUUGAACCGGCUCGGAAAAUAAACCGAAUUUGCAGAAAGCGACUUAGUUAAUUUCAUUAAAAUUGUUAAUUUUGUAGGGUCAUUUCAUAAAUAUUCUCGAGUUUUCAGGGCUGAAAUCGUUUAGCUCUAAAUAACGAGAUAGGAUGAGCAUGUUAAAGUGAUCUGGACGAAAGUCUCGCACGGUGCUAUUCGAUUCAUAAGGAUCUUCGUUACGUACCCCAAAGAGUUACGGUAGUCGAUUGAUUCCAGUUUAUUAUGUUGGAUAUGCUUGCUCGCGAGGAAAAGUUAAAGUUAAAUGAAAAAAGAGCAAAAAAAAAAGAGGAAAAAGCAGAUAGAGAAAUGAUCUAGCUCGAUCAGAGAAAGAGUGAUA